AUGAACCAGAGCCCUUUUGACCUUCCAGACGAUGAAGAAGAAGGGGAGAUAGGGGAGACCACUCCAGAAGAGUCUACUCUAAUGGACAAACCACCUCUCAGGGAAAUGCCCCCAGUAGAGACAGUCAAUGAUGAUGACAACAACAUUGCCAGCCAUAAAAAUGACGAACCUGAGAAAGGAUCAUCUAGCACUGAGGAACCAUUCAUCUUCAACAAACAACAAAUGAGGACUGACAAUCCCACCGAAUCAGGACUACCUCCUGAACAGAUGAUCGAAAUGACAUUUCUCAUGCUGCCUGCAGAAGAUGACACUCGAGUAAGAGCCAAGAUCCUUUUGAAAGAGUCAACCACCACAAGGAGAAGGUUCAGCAAAAUCCCAAUAUGA